UAAAAGAAGUUGAAGGAGUAAAUUGUAUCUUAUCAUCCUUAUUCAAUUUGAAUUUCCAUUAUCUGCCAAGAAGAGGGUUCUGCAAGUCCUAUAUGCCGUCUUUCCCGUCGUCCCCUCACUAUCCCUCGAACCGCCAGCACCAUCGAGAAUCUGUUUCACCUCCGUUUCAGCUGAACUCGCAAAACAACCACAAAAACACACUCCGUCCAAGACCACACCCUCCGUCCGUCCAAGACCACACCCUCCCGCGCCUCACUAAACAUCACAAUGACCACCCCCCGCGUCUUCGUCGUCCGCCAUGGCGAGACGGAAUGGUCCCUGAACGGGCGCCACACCGGCACCACCGAGCUCCCCUUGACCGCCAACGGCGAAAAGCGCGUCAAAGCUACAGGGCACGCCCUAAUAGGCAACGACAGGCUGAUCGUGCCUGGCUCGCUGCUUCACGUCUACGUAUCGCCCCGCCAUCGCGCACAGCGCACGCUCGAGCUCCUGGAUAUAGGAUGGGCGGAGAAGCUACCCUGGGCCGAGAAACCAGACCCCGAUGGACGGGUCCGCUGUGAUGCGUUAGUCGAGAUCACAGAGGAUAUCCGGGAAUGGGAUUAUGGAGAUUACGAGGGCGUGACGAGCGCGGAGAUCAUGAAGCAGCGCGAGGAAGCUGGGCUGCCGAAGUGGGAUAUUUGGAGGGAUGGGUGUCCUGGUGGAGAGUCGCCGGCGGAUAUCACGAAUAGGUUGAAUAGGCUUAUCAAGGAUGUACGGACGAGAUGGCACGCUGAUGUUAUUGGGAAGACGGAGAAUGUGCCCAAGGAUGUGUUGAUCGUGGCGCAUGGACAUAUUUUGCGCGCGUUUGCGAUGUUGUGGGUGGGUAAGGCGAUUGAGGAUGGGCCGAGUCUGUUGCUGGAGGCUGGUGGUGUUGGGACGCUGAGUUAUGAACAUCACUCGCUUGACGAGCCGGCUAUUCUGCUUGGAGGGAGUUUCAUGGUCGAUGUUGUUGAGAGUGCGCAGGUAGCUGGUGGACAGAAACAGUAGGUGGGAUAGGGCCCUGAUAUAUCGAUAUAUUUCGCAAUCUACGAGACAGACGUAGAAUUCUACCAAUGCGAAUUCUGGCGAUAUAAAACCUCAAUAUGCCGAACUACCAUUCCAUUCUCACUCGCCAGCAGACCAUUCAUUGAAUCCACUUUUGCAACCCCAAGCCC